AUAGUAGCAGCUGUCACUCAAAGGACAUUUAAAUGGCUGCACUGUACAGAAUUGUAUAUCUCACUGCACACACGAAGAUAACAACAUUUUAAUGUUCUUUACAAAUAUCCUAUGUAAAGUCGACUUUGCUCUGACACUUAAGCUGCUCAUUCGCACAGAAUUUGAUUGUCAGGACACCCAUUGGAAUACUCAAAAUGAGCGAAGAGGACGACUAUUUGCAGCAAGCUAGAAUGGGAUUUGAUGAUCUGUGUCGAUCUUUGAAUAUGGACGAGGAGGCGAGCACCGAGGCAUGGAAAAGCUAUGAGGAUAUAAGCAAAAAUUACACAUUGGAGGGAAGUGAGCUCCACUGGCUGGCAUGUGCUCUUUAUGUGGCCUGUAGGACAGCAGUACCUACGGUUGACAAAGGCAUCACAGAGGGGAACUACGUGUCCUUGACCAGGAUCCUUCGUUGUUCUGAGCAAAGCCUUAUUGAGUUUUUCAACAAGAUGAAGAAGUGGCAGGACAUGGCCAACCUGCCAGAGGAGUUCCGUCAGAGCACGGAAAAGCUGGAGAGAAACUUCACCGUUUCCGCUGUCAUCUUCAAAAAAUACGUGCCCAUCUUCAAAGCUAUCUUCAAGGCCCCCUCAGACGACCCCCCGCGGAUCCACAGAAACAGAAAGCAGAGGCGCCACCCAUGUACCGUCUCGGAAGUCUUCAACUUCUGCUGGAUCCUGUUUGUGCAUGCUAAAGGGAACUUCCCUAUGAUCAGCGAUGACCUGGUGAACUCGUACCACUUGCUGCUGUGUGCUCUGGACCUGGUGUUGACCAACGCUUUGCUGUGCAACGGCAGAAGGGACCUUCUCAACCCAAGCUUCAGAGGCUUACCCGAGGACUUUGGCAACAAGGACUACAAGCCUGGCCCUGGCUCCUACUGCUUCAUUGAGCAUCUGUGUGAACUGCAUGAUGGGCUGGUGCUGGAAGCCAAGGGGGUGAAGGAGCACUUCUGGAAACCCUUCAUCAAGAGGCUUUUCCACAAGAAGAUUCUCAAAGGGAAGGAGGAUAGCCUAACUGGGUUCCUGGAUCCUAUGAAUUUUGGGGACAGUUUUGCGUCUCUGGGCCGGGUGUAUGAGGAGCACGUGUUGGCCAUAGGCAGUCUGGACGAGAGGAUCUUCCUGGGAGAGGGGGCCAACGAGGACAUCGGCACCCCGGGGCCCUGCCUGUGUGAGAGGCUGGAGAACAAGGACGCGUCGGCCUACCGACUAUACAGCAGUCUGACUGUCUCGACCCUGAAAGUGUCCACUCCGCUGACCGGCAGGAAGUACGUCCAGGACAACAGCAUGGGCACGCCUGUGUCCACCGCCACGCAGAGCGUGGGACGCCUCCACAGUCUACUCACAGGGCUGAAGCACGGCCCCAGUACCAGACUGGUGGACAUACUGAGGGGGUGUACCAGGGACCCCAGUGAAGCCAUCUCCUCCAGACUGAAGGACAUGUUCCAGCUCUUUUGCCAACACUACGAGAGCAAGGGGGAAGAAAACGGAGGCCUGGGGAAAGACAUUGCAGUCAAGUAUUUCCGCCUGGCAGAAGCUCUUUACUACAAGAUACUGGAGGCUGUCAUUGAUCAGGAGAAGAAGAGACUAGGAGACACAGACCUAUCUGGUAUUCUGGAGCAGGACAUGUUCCAUCGCUCCCUCCUGGCCUGCUGCGUGGAGAUCGUCAUGUUCUCCUACCGCCCCCCUGGGGAGUUCCCCAAAGUCAUCCAGAUAUUCCAGAUUCCUGCCUACCACUUCUACAAGGUGAUUGAGGUGCUGGUGCGGGCGGAGCAGGGUCUGUUCCGGGAGGUGGUGAAGCAUCUGAACCAGGUGGAGGAGCAGGUCCUGGACAGCCUGGCGUGGAGAGGAGACUCCCCGCUGUGGGACAGCGUGAAGGGGGCCAAGAACCGAGUCCCUGCCUGCCAGGAGGUGAUGCUUCCUCAGUACCUGGAGGACAGCGAAGGAGGCAGCAGCAGUGGUAGCGCCCCUCGGACCCCCAUCCACCAUGGAGCUGACCUCACCUCCCACAGCACCGCCAGAGGCGUGUCUCCCUCUCCCACCACGCUCCAGGACCGCUACAGCUCCCCCCCCACCGGCACAUUCAGGCGCCGUCUGUUCGUCGACGGCGCCAACGCCGUCACCAUCGAACCCUCCUCCACGACCACCAUCACCACGGCCGCCACGCCUAUCAGGGGCACCCAGAGCCCUCUGGUCAGCACCAUCCCCGCGGGGCAGACCGUGGUCUCCAUGGCGACGGCCACCGUCACCGCCAACAACGGCCAGACGGUCACCAUACCGGUGCAAGGAAUAGCAAAUGAGAACGGAGGUAUCACCUUCAUCCCUGUCCAAGUGAGUGUGACGGGACAAGGCGGAGCCACACUGCAGCCUCUGACCGCCCAAUCCCUGACUGGCACUCUGAGCACCCAACCAGUAGUGACCACCACCCAGAGUAGUCCCGCCCCCCAGGGAAGCCCUGCAGCCAGCAAGCCAAUCAGCAAGCCUCAGAGGAAGGGCUCCCUUUCACUGUUUUUCCGCAAGGUGUACCACCUGGCCAGUGUCCGCCUGAGAGACCUGUGUGUGAAGCUGGACAUCUCCUCAGAGCUGCGGAGGAAGAUCUGGACGUGUUUCGAGUACUCUCUGGUGCACUGCACCGAGCUCAUGAUGGACCGCCACCUCGACCAGCUCCUCAUGUGUGCAGUGUACGUCAUGACCAAGGUGACCAAGGAGGACAAGUCUUUCCAGAACAUCAUGAGGUCCUAUCGGACCCAGCCACAGGCCUGCAGCAGUGUCUACAGGAGUGUGUUGAUCUCUGGGAGGAUGAGGCGUCACUCGGGAAACAGCGAGGGCAACAGACAGAACUCUCCUGCAGACGCUAGGCAGGAGCUGGUGAGUGGAGACAGCAGCCCCAUGACCAUGCGUUCCAGCAGCACCCUGCCCGCCCCGCAGCCAGGCAGCGACCCCUCCACCCCCACCGCCGCCCCCUCCUCCUCCACGGUCUCCUCCCUCUCCCCUUCGUCGUCCCUGGGCCUGCCCGCCGCCCAGGAGGAGGAGGAGAGGGGCGACCUCAUCCACUUCUACAACCUGGUCUACAUCAAGCAGAUGCGCCUCUACGCUCUGCGAUACUGUCCUGGCUCGCCCUCCGCAGGGACGGAGUCCCCCCCGCUGUGCCCAUACCCCUGUAUGAGGAGCAGCUCUCCACGCCGGGUCCUGCUCUCGCACAACCACUCCAUCUACAUCUCUCCCCACAAGAGCCCCGGCCCCGCCACCACCACCACCACCACCACCCCUCCCACCACCCGCGACAAGAUCUUCUACUACAUCUGCAGCAGCCCGGCCCACCGUCUGCAGGAGAUCAACAGUAUGAUCCGGACAGGCGAGACCCCCACCAAGAAGCGCAGCAUGCAGCUGGAGGAGGAGCCAUCUCCCAAGAGGGUGUGUCACGACCACCGGACCGCCCUCCUGCGCAGACUGCAGGACGUGGCCAACGACCGCAGCUCCUCCCACUGAGGGAGCUCUUGGCUGUCGCUAGAUGGCGUCAACGUCGCCAGGAGGUCACAGCAGAUGCGGUUUGAUUAUGAUUAGCGGUUUUCUCAGCAUGGACAUGAGCUUCUUAAUUUGAAUAGUUCAAACUGCUACAAGCGGUCAACCUUCUUUCUGUGCUCUUCUUUGUACUGUAAACCGUAGGAAUGAAUGUCAUCCCCAAAACUCUGCAAAGCUACACAUUUUAAGUCAAGUAUUUUGCUUUUCCAGGGCUAUUUUUAGUCUGACAACAAUAGGAGGGAUUUGAAAUCCCCAAUUAAAGUUUAUCAGAUGUUUUUGAACCUUAGUUGUGAUUUGAUUACUACUACGCAUUGUUAGACUGUAGUCGUCCAAUCUUGUUUUAAUAUUCAUUUGGAUUAAGGCAGGUAAAAAAAUAAAAAUAAAUAGUAUCUUUAUUUAUAUAGCAUUUUUUAAACAACAUAGCUCUCAUCUCUAUCUACAAUCAGAUAUUUUGGGGGAUAAAACCAUCUGUCAAACUUCCAAGUUGGAGUAGAAAAUCCUUAAAAGAUUGUUCCAUGACCCAAGAAAUGCCUCUCAGUGUUAGACAUUUUCUGUGGUGUGUACAAUGCAUCAUUCCAUCAUGUAUUGAUUAUUUUAUUUAUGGAAAUGUAUUUCAAAGGUUAAUUUAAUGGCUUUCGAAAUGAAUGAAAUGAAGAACACAGCACAGACAAAAGCACUUGACAAUGACUUCUUAAGACUUUGUACAUCAUUUUACCUUUAGUAUGUUCUUAUUGAGAUGAAUGUCAAAGCUUUUCUAAUAACGCAUGCAGGUUUUAUAUGAUCUAGAGGCUUCCAAAGCAAAACUAAACAUCACUGCGCUUUUGUCAGGUUUUUAAUUUGUGUUUUACCUAAUAUUUAAGAUAGUAUAAUUUAAGUUUAGGUUGUAACUUGUCUUUUAACUAUGACAAUACUAGUGAUUUAAAAAAAAACAAUCUCACUGACAAAAAUAUUUAUUUUUUAGUCUCAUAUACCUCCUAAAUUGUUAGAUUUCAAAUGUAGUAUUAUCACUUUUAUAGAUACAUUUGAAAAAGUUACAUUUGUAUUGUUGUUGGCUGUCAACUUCCCAUCACCAGUCAUGGAAAAUGUUUGUACAUUUUGUAAAAAAGAAUUCCUUUUAUUUUAUUUUUUGCAGUUUGAGAAGUGCCUUCUCCCAUUAGCUAAAUUAAUGUGUUCAUUAAAAUCAUGAAACUGUAGGCUCCAUACUCCUCCUACAAAUUGUGUUUGUGAAAAAAAACUGCAAAUAAAUGCAUUGCCUUUGGAAAUCCCUGUAUGUUGUCAUUGUCAGUU